GUGGUGAGUGUGUGUGCGUGUGCGUGUGCGCGAUAGAGACAAGGGAAGAUGGCGACGCAGGAGAGCGAAGCAACUAAAGCUACAGCGACCAACGGCGAGGUGAGCAGCAAUGGAACCGCUGCAACAACAGAUGGCCAGACUGUGCAGACAGCUGAAAAUGCACAGGAUGCACAGCAGCAGCAGCAGCCGCCUAACGCAUGGCAGGUCAUUAAAGGAGUCCUCUUCAGAAUCUUCAUAAUCUGGGCGAUCAGUAGCUGGUUCCGUCGAGGGCCGUCCACUCCUGACCCCACCACACCAGCCGGGGCACCCAGAGUACCCAGCAGGAACCUCUUCCCUAAGGACACCCUCAUGGAUAUGUAUGUGUACCUGUCUCACGAGGAGGUGUUCACCGACUUCAACAACACAGAAGCGCUGUUCUGGUUCCACAGGGACCUGGUCUAUGGAGACUGGAACACAGGGGAGAGCGGGGACGGCUGUUACGAGCACUAUACGGAGAUGGACAUCCCAGAGAUAUUGCAGAAGAACGGUUCCCUUUACUUGCACGUCUAUUUCACUAAAAGUGGAUUCCACCCAGACCCCAAACGCAAGGGCCAGUAUCGCAGACUGGCAACCGUUCAUGCAACACGAAUGCUGAAUAAAUUCAAGCGAAGGAAGUUUCUGAAGACCAAGAAUCUCCUGACAGGAGAGACAGAAGCAGAUCCUGAAAUGAUCAAGCGGGCAGAAAGCUACGGUCCAGUGGAGAUUAUCUCUCAUUGGCACCCUAACCUCACCAUCAACAUGGUAGAUGACCACACAGCCUGGGUCAAAGGCUCUGUUCCCCCUCCUCUGGACCAACAUGUUAAGUUUGAUGCAGUAAGUGGCGACUACUAUCCCAUUGUGUACUUCAAUGACUACUGGAACCUCCAGAAGGAUUACUAUCCCAUCAACGAGACCCUGACAACACUCCCACUGCGCCUCUCUUACUGCCCACUGUCCUUGUGGCGCUGGCAGCUGUACGCUGCCCAAAAUGCACGCUCCCCGUGGAACUUCUUACCAGAGGACACCUACGAGCAGUCUGAUGAAGACCAAGACUCUGUCAAGGUGGCCCUCUUGGAAACCAACCCGUACCUGCUGGGUCUCACCAUUGUUGUCUCCAUCGUGCACAGCAUCUUUGAGUUCCUCGCCUUCAAGAAUGAUAUCCAGUUCUGGAACAGCAGACAGUCUCUAGAGGGUCUAUCUGUGCGCUCCAUCAUAUUUGGAGUCUUUCAGUCUCUGGUGGUGCUGCUGUACAUAUUGGACAAUGAGACCAACUUUGUGGUGCAGGUCAGCGUCUUCAUCGGCCUCCUUAUCGAUCUCUGGAAAAUCACCAAGGUCAUGGAUGUCAAAUUGGACAGAGAGAACAAAAUCGCAGGAAUAUUCCCAAGAUUGGUAUUCAAAGACAAGUCAACAUAUGUUAAGUCUUCAACCAAAAUCUACGACGAUAUGGCCUUCAAGUACCUGUCGUGGCUGCUCUACCCUCUGUUUGGCUGCUAUGCCGUCUACAGUUUAUUGUACGUAGAGCACAAAGGCUGGUACUCAUGGGUGCUCAGCAUGCUCUAUGGCUUCUUGUUAACCUUUGGUUUCAUUACAAUGACGCCACAGCUAUUCAUCAACUACAAAAUGAAGUCUGUGGCCCACCUCCCAUGGAGGAUGCUCACCUACAAGGCUCUCAAUACCUUUAUUGAUGACCUGUUUGCCUUUGUCAUCAAGAUGCCCAUGAUGUACAGGAUAGGAUGCCUCAGAGAUGAUGUGGUGUUCUUCAUCUACCUUUACCAGCGUUGGAUCUAUCGGGUCGAUCCCAACAGGGUCAACGAGUUUGGCACCAGCGGAGUAGAGCAAGUCCCGAACGACACAGCAGCGGAAGGCGCUGCUCCCGCCGCACCAGCCGCCAUCACAGACAAGCCAGAGGAGGAGAAGAAGAAUGAUUAAGCAAGAACACGCCCUUAUCCGCCUCCCUGGCACUCACAACUGGGGCAAAGAGGACUUGUGGAAAUUAGACAGGGAGGGGUGUUGUCGUUUAGCUGUCAUGGACGCCACUACAAAAAAAAAAAAUGCAGUUCAACUGUUCCCUCUGAUUUCUGUGUGGACCCACAGAGAAUCAUAUUCAGUGUAGACUUGGUAAAUUCUUAUUUCAGUUCCCCGCCCUCUCGUUUUGCAGUUCAAGUGAAGUAAAACAAAACGUGAUGUACUGUAUUCUGUAUGAUUUCUCAGAGGGUAACAAUGUCUUGGAGUAGAGGUUGGGAGGGGAACAGGUCGCAGUUAUACUACAUUUUUUUUUUUUUUUUUUUUUUUUUCUCCAUAUACAGGGAAGAAAGAGGCCAAGUGCAACUUUUGUUCUUUGUGUAGAUUCCUUGUGAAUUUUUCUUUUCAUUCCAUGUGAGCACCAUGUUUCAGAUUGCCUGGAAACUGGUGAGUAGUGCUGGAGGAAACUGGAAAGAUCCUGAACCACGACAGAGGUAGAAAAAGAGAGGGUGGUGACUGGAGACAAGAUCGAUGACCCUACAGGACGCUACCCACAAGACAGUGACUACUACCCUCAAUUUUAAACAAAUGGUUAAUGUUCUUAACUCGAACAUAAAAAAAAAAAAAAACAGCCUUGUUGGUAUUAAUAUAAAUAUAUUAAUAUUGUCAAUGACUUAAUUUUUGUUUUUCAGUCACUGAAGCAUUCUUUUGUAUGUCCUCAAACUGUACAGAAUCUCAGCUUGUCAUGUUAAUAAUACCGAUGUCAAAACUGUCUAGCAAUAGCUAAUUUGCAAGUCUUAUUUUUUAAUUUUCUCCCCUCGGCCAGACUUCUGGUUUUAAAACUGUUUCACGUUCAUGCUCCAAACCAGAUCACCUGGACAGACACAGUGGAGACAGGAGUCGGGUGUGUGCUGGAAGAAUUACAGUGUCUCUUGUUUUAAUUUUGAGUGCUGUAAAUCCUGAAACAAAGAGGGUUCCAUGUUGGUACAUAUUAAAUUUUGAUUCAUUCAUGUUUAUAGUAAAAGUUAAGUGUGAUUUAAAA